AUGGAUGAAGAAGAUCAAUACGAUGAGUUUGGUAAUCCUAUUGGGAAUUUAAACAAUUACUCAGAUACUGAAAGCAGUAGUAGUAGUGAUGGUAGCGAUUCUGAGGUCAAUGAUGUAGAUAGUGACACCGAGAAUACUUCUACCAACCCAUUAAAUGAAAUAGACGAAGAAGAAGUAGAACAAGCAGAAAUCCAAACAGAUGAUAUUGUAUUAUAUAAAGAUACUAUGGAUGAAAAUAAUGUAGAAAUAUUAGUAGAAACUAAUAACACACAAUCCUUAAAUGAACCAUUGAUCAAAUCGCAAACAUAUAAGGCAAGAGGUAAAGAAUACUCAUCCUUUCCCUCAAAGAAGAAAGAUAUACCAAGAACAUCAUACGAUAAGCAAUAUAUGUUCGAAUUACUAAAAUUACCGGAAAGGAUAAGAAACGUUGCGGUGAUAGGACCUUUACAUUCAGGGAAGACUUCGCUUGUGGACUUGUUUGUCCAAGAUGCGCAUGAUAAAUUGCCUCAUAUGAGUAAUAAUAUAAAACAAGGCUGGACAGCUUUACGAUAUAUGGAUAGUUUCAAACAAGAGAUUGAAAGAGGUAUAAGUAUUAAAUUGAAUGGGUUAACAUUUAUGGAAACAGAUUUAAAUGAUAAAUCAAUGGUAUAUAAUAUAUUGGAUACACCCGGUCAUGUCAAUUUUAUAGAUGAAUGUGCAGUAGCAUUAGAAGCCGUCGAAAUUGCAAUCAUAUGUCUCGAUGUUGUUGAAGGUGUAACCUCAGUUGUUCGGAAGCUAAUAGAAAUAUGUGAAAAAAUGGGCAAGCCAUUUAUCCUUUUGAUUAAUAAAAUUGAUAGACUUAUAUUUGAACUGAAAAUACCACCUAUGGAUGCAUAUCUAAAGAUAAAACAUAUUGUUGAAGAGAUAAAUAUGUUAACCACGGAGAAAUACUCACCCGAACUUGAUAAUAUUAUAUUUGCAUCAACAAAACUUGGGUUUACGUUUACAGUAAGGGAAUUUGUAAAGUACUAUUAUUCAAGAAGUAUACCAAAUGAUAAAAUAGAACUAUUCAUCAAGAAAUCAUAUGGAUGUAUUACUUUGAACAAGGGGAAGUAUGAAAAAAUUACUGACCCUGUUUUACAAUUGCCUACCUUUCAUGAUUUAUUUAUUCUUCCAUUAUACAAAUUAUUGAGUAGUUCGAUUGCUUUAGAUAAGAAAAGCUUGGAUGGUUUUGUAUCAACGUUACAAAAUCAAUUUAAUAUAGUUAUUGAAAACCCGCAAGACCUACUGAAAAUGGAUCCUUAUCCACUACUAAGAUAUAUUUGCAAACUAGUUUUCCACGAGAAACAGGCUGGUUUGUACCACUGCAUUAACGAAGCUGGACAGAAAGGUUCUUCAAGAUACACUGAAUCGAGUGGCGGAAUAUUGGCUAGGGUGUUAAAAACGCUGGAUUAUGGUGGCGAAGAAUACUCUCUUGUAAAAGUUUUAUCUGGUACAUUAGUUGCUAAUUCAAAUGUACAGAUAAUUGAUUCUAAUAACGAAGUUACCGAAAGUGACAAUCUUUACAAUGAUGAUGACAAUGAAGAUGAUCCUAGAAAUGUGAAAAUCACAGAAAUUGCACUAAUGGAAGGUAGAUAUAUCAUCAGUGUUGAAAGUGCCGGACCUGGCCAAAUUGUACUAGUUAAAAACAUUUCACAGUAUUUUGAUAAAUCUGCUACAUUAUACUCUAAUAUUAAAAGAACAGAAUUGCCUAUUUUUGGUCCUAUAAAUUACAUUAAUAAGGCAUGCUUUAAAGUCAUCAUUGAACCGUUAGUACCUAAGGAGCUACCAAAAUUGUUGGAUGCUUUAGUUAAAGUCUCAAAAUAUUACCCGGGUCUCGUAACAAAGAUUGAAGAAUCUGGUGAACAUAUUAUUUUAGGUUUUGGUGAACUUUAUUUGGAUUGUCUAUUAUAUGAUUUAAGGAACACGUACGCACAUAUUGAAAUAAAGAUAUCCAACCCGGUUACCAUAUUUUCAGAGGGGGUUCAUAAAGAGUCUUUUACUGCAAUUCCUGUAGAGUCUUCUAAUAAAAACAUUUCUCUUAGUGUUAGUGCUAAACCAUUAGAUUACAAAUUGUUAAACGAUCUAAGUCAGAAUAAGAAAAGUGAAAUUGAUAUAGAAAAUGAUAUUGCAACCGGCAACAUUAGAAAAAUAAGUAAAAUGCUAAGAACUGAAUAUGAUUGGGAUUCACUUACAUCUAGAAAUGUAUGGACUUUCCAUUAUAGUAAUAUACUUGUUGAUGAUACAUUACCUGAUGAAACAGAUAAAGAAUUGUUGAUGAAGUACCAACAACAAAUUAAGCAAGGGUUUUAUUGGGCCGUCAAAGAGGGUCCAUUAUGUGAGGAAUAUAUGUAUGGUAUCCAAUUUAAUUUACUAAAUUUUCAAAUAAAAGAUGUCGAACAAGUUAAAAACAUAGGAAGUCAAUUAAUUCCAAUGGUUAGGAAAGCAUGUUAUAUUGCAAUGAUGACAGCAGAACCAAUUAUUCUGGAACCAAUAUAUGAAAUUAGUAUAAUCAUCAAGACACAAUUAAUUCCAAUUGCAGAGGAAUUAUUUUGCAAAAGAAGAGGAGCUAAGAUACUUACCUCAAGGAAGAUAGGAGGAUCGCCUCUAAGCGAAUUAGUUGGCAGAAUUCCUGUAAUAGAGUCUAUCGGCAUGGAGACUGAUCUAAGAUUAAGUACCCGUGGAGGUGCUCAAUGUCAAUUACAAUUCUGGAAUAAUAAUUGGAGACGUGUACCAGGGGAUGUCUUAGAUGAGGACGCUAUUAUACCAAAAUUAAAACCGGCUCCAUACGAGAGUCUAAGUCGUGAUUUUGUGAUGAAAACAAGACGUAGAAAAGGUCUAUCUAAUGAUGGAUUUAUGUCGAAUGAUGGUCCUUCAUUAAGUAAGUACAUUGAUCCCGAGUUAUUUGAACAAUUAAAACUCAAUAACUUGGUAUGA